CGCAGCAGCAGCAGCAGCAGCAAAGCCACCACCGCCAUGCUCGCCGGCGGCUUCGCAGCGCUCAUGGGCGCCUCGGCCCAACAAGACCGCGACCGCAUCGCCGCGGAGCGCGAGCACGCCCGCCAGGCCCUCGAGGCCGCAAGCACGCCCCGCGAGCCCGCAUCGCCACCGCGCGACACCCGCCCCCUGAACGGCAACACCGCCAUCACGAUCCCAAGCUACGCCUUCGAAGGCGUCGAGGAGCCCGAAAAAACGCCCCGCCGCAAACUCGACAAACGCCACAGCAGCGGCAAGUGGUCGCCCACCGUCGGCUCGCCGCUGCGCUCCGAGAUGAAGCACGAAGACUAUCUCGGCCGCACGCGGCACGGGUCGCCCGAGCAGAUCCGCAGCGCGGCGCCGCAGUCCCGCAGCAUCCAGGACUCGGGGUACUACGCGCCGGACGACGCGCCGCUUAAGGCCAGCACCGAGCGCGACUCAGACGAGUUCUUCUCUGCGGGCUCGGAGGAGCGCGAGCGCGAGCGCGAUCGAACGGACAAGGCGCGCGAGCAGCUCAUCGACAAGUACAACGCAUAUCAGCCCGGUGCCGGCGACGCGUACACCGCGUAUCAGCCCCAGCCGCGGCCGCGCAGCGAUUACGACGAAACCAGCACGUACGUGACGGCGUUGAGCCGGCCGGAUGACGAGGCGGAGCGCGCGCGCGGUGAUCUGAUUGAGGCGUACAAUGCGUACGAUACGCGCAGCCAGUACGACCAAGACGACGCGAGCACGUUUGUGUCUGCGUUCAGCCGUGCCGAGGACGAUGUGAGCACCGUCGUUGCCGCGCGGGGGAAGGCCUCUGACGGCAACGCGCGCGGGAAGGACGUGGACGACGACCCCGACCGCGAAGAACGUCGUCGUCUUCGUCGGGAGGCACGGGAUGCGCAGCCGGGGAGCCGCGAACACAGCCGCGACCGCGGGUAUGCGCUCGACGACGGGGACCGCAAGCGCCGGCAUCGCCGCAGGGAGGCCGAUGAGAGCGGGUACGUCUCGGACACCAAGUCGACUGUGUCUGAGGCGCGGUCUGAAGGCAGCAGGCGCAAGCACAAGCGCCGAGAGAGCGAGAGAGAUGGGUCGACAGAGAGCAAGGUGCGAUCGCGCUCGUCUGUGGCGUCGGAUCCUGAACUCAACGAUGGGGACCGCAAAGCAUCACGCAGGAAGUCACGGCGAGAAGAGGACAUAGAUGACAACGCUUCCAUGAUAUCGACGUCUUCGCGCCGCGACGAGAAGAGUAAACGCCGGGAAGAAAAGGAGAAGGAAAAGGAGAAAGAGAAAGACACCUCUUCCAAGCGCCCCGGCCUCUUCAGCCUCUUCAGCAGCAAGUCGAAAGAAAACGUCUCUGAGCCCAGCAAAUCCAAGACCAAGUCCCGCGACGACGACGAUGAAGACCGCAAGCAUCGCAGACGGAAGCAUAGAUCGGACCGCGGCUCGGCAUAUGGCUCCGACGACGACGACACAAAAUCGACCAUCUCGACUAGCAGCCGCAGCCACCGCGAGAAGAGGAGCAGUCGCUCUGAGCGCGACGACAGAGAGAAGAGGGAUCGGGAUAAUGAAAAGGUACGGCGGACUUCUCUGCGUUAGGCCACCGCGCAGUAGAAUACCAGUCUCGGACAAUGCCUUGAAGAGCAGACUUGUCAAGACUUGUGUCGAGACUGGGACUGGCGGCGGUGGUAGCGCUUCUACGCAUGUAAUUAGAAUGAAUGUUAAUAUUGUGAUAA